CCCCCGCGUGAAAAGAGCGGCCGAGAUUCCAGCUGGUCGCCACAGCAAAGAUCUGCUGUUUAGACCAAGAUGAACUGGUAUAAUAUUUUGACUGGAUUUCUACAGCUGAAUUUUCUUCGAAUGGUAAUUUCCUAUUGCAUGGUAUAUCAGAUUCCUCCACAGAGCUUUCAGCUACCAUGUGUGCCACCAGAGAAGACUUCUAACAUUUCUUUGCCCGCUGGAAUUGCAGCGAAUGGUCCUAGCAUAACUGAGGAACAUGCUACAAUUAAAGCAAAUGCCACAUCACUGGUGACUGAAGAUCAUUUCCUAUGUUGCCAGUGGAGUGAUACACAUAUUAACUGUUUUGUAUAUACUUCAGAAAUGGAAAUCAAGGCAUUUACGUACUCAGAAAGCGGUGCUUUUACAUCUCAACAAAUAGAUUCAAUAUGGAAUCUACAGUUUUGGUCUAAAGAAAGCACAGAGGAGUUAUUUUGUCUUGUGGAAUUAUCUACUAAGUCACUAUACCUGGAUGAAGACCUUUCAGUGAAUCUGUUGUACGCAUUAACAGAUGCCUCAUUGGGAAGUACCUCUACACGUUCCCUAAAGGACAAUGUCACAGUCACUCACUGCAAUGCUGUAAAAAACCAAAAAUACAAAUGUCAGAUAACUUCAGCAAAGUUCAAGCAUAUUUACAUUAUGUGGCUCAAGAUCACAGAUGGAAUAACAUUGCUUCAGUCACCACUAAUGUUAGUCAAGCCUACAGAUAUUGUAAAGCCUGAACCUCCAUCACAUCUGCAUAUAGAUAUGACAGACGAAGGACAGUUAAAGAUAUCUUGGUCUCGCCCUGAAUCAAUAUCAUAUCCACUUCAGUAUGAAAUAAAAUGCUUUGCAACUUCAACUGAAAAUGUUUGGCAGGUGGUUGAGAAGACCAUGGAAAUGUCAUUGAUCAUAAGCAAUACACUAUUUGAUUCUUCAUAUGUAGUUCAAGUCCGAUGCAAAAGCCUUUACAGACCAGGCCUUUGGAGUGAUUGGAGCACACCUUAUAACUUGAAUCUACAAGAAGUCAUGUAUUUCCCUUCAAAAAUCCUGGCAAGUGUUGGAACAAAUGUUUCCUUUUAUUGUAUUUACAAAACCAAAGAUAAAGUAAUCUCAUCGGAGAAGAUAGUCUGGUGGUUAAAUUUAGCAAAAGAAAUUCCUAGGAGUCAGUACACACUUGUGAAUGACUACAUUGGCAAAGUAACACUUGUCAACUUAAAUGCUAUGAAGCCUGGAGGGAAUUUCCUCUUCAAUGCCAUUUACUGUUGUAAUGAAAACAAGGAAUGUAAUCACCGUUAUGCUGAAUUAUAUAUAAUAGAUGUUAAUAUCAGCAUCACAUGUGAAACAUACGGCAACUUGCAAAAAAUGACUUGCAGAUGGUCCACCAACACAGACCCACUGCUUUUGGAGAGCACUUUGCUGUUGAGAUACUACAGGAGUGAUGUGUAUUGUACAGAGUCUCCAAGUAUGCCUUCUGAUACAGAGGUAAAAGAAUGCCCUUCACAGAGGAAUAAUUCUUACGAGUGCAUCUUUCAGCCUUUUUAUCUCCUGUCUGGAUACACAAUGUGGAUAGAGAUUAAGCACUCACUGGGGACAGUGACAUCACCACCAGUGUGUAUCCUUCCAAAAGAAGUGGUGAAGCCGUUUUCUCCCUCCAGUGUCAAAGCAGAAAUUACAGGGGAAGCGGGACUGCUGAAUGUGAGCUGGAAAAACCCAGAACUUCCAAAGAAUGAUCUCCAGUUUCAGAUUCGGUAUGCGAUCAAUGAAACAGAAAUUGCCUGGGAGGUGCAGGAGGUUUCUGAUCCAUUAGUUAGCUCUGCCAGCACAAAGGUGCAGGAUCCCUGCGCAGUAUACGUUGUUCAGGUGCGCUGCAGUGUGAUUGAUGGAGUUGGCUACUGGAGUGAUUGGAGCAGACCCGCCUACACAGUUGUUAAGGAUAUCAAAGCUCCCUUGAGAGGACCUGAAUUCUGGAGAACCAUUAAUGAAGAUUCAAUAAGGAACCAGAAAAAUGUUACUCUUUUUUGGAAGCCACUGAUGAAGAACCUUUCCUUAUGCAGUGUGCUAGACUAUGUGGUUGAGCAUAAUACUUCAGAAAACAUUACUUGGUCUGACUAUGUAGAAAAUGAUACUGCCUACACAUUUUCAUGGACGGAGGAUGUACAUGCCAUUAAGGUUCUAGCUGUCAACUCAAUAGGAACUUCCUCAGUCAAUUUCAUUUUAACUCUAUCACAACAAAUCAGCACAGUAAACAUUGUGAAGUCUCUCAGUGCCUAUCCGGUGAACAGCAGUUGUGUCAUUGUGUCCUGGACACUUUCGCCUGUGGCUUAUAUAAUUACAUCUUUUGUAAUUGAAUGGACAAAUUUAAACGAAGAAGAGCAGAUUAAAUGGAUUAUGAUUCCCUCAAAUGUUAGGAAGUACCACAUUUUUGAUAAUUUCAUUCUUAUUGAGAAAUACAAAUUUAGUUUGUUCCCAAUAAUUCCUGAAGGAGUAACAAAGCCCACAGUGACAUAUGGAUUCUCCAAAGCUGGAAUUGAAAAACAGAAUGAUGUGAACUUCUAUGUGAUUCUACCCCUAGUUAUUUCAUGCUCAGUUUUGCUACUUGGAGGUCUCUUGAUCUUGCACCAAAGAAUGAAGAAAUUAUUCUGGGAUGAUGUUCCAAACCCCAAGAAUUGCUCUUGGGCACAAGGAGUUAACUUCCAAAAGAGAAUGGACAUUCUUUGAAGUCUAAUCAUGAUCACUGCCCGCUGAACCAAUGUGACAGCUCCCAGACUUCCUAUACAGAGUUGUUAGAAGAAUUAUCUAUUUGAAUUCAGAAGACAGAAUUACUUACAUAUCAUUUCAUUAUUCUGCUGAUUUUGUUCAUAUAUAAUAGUGCUGGAAAUGAUUUUGUUCAAAAGUUGAACUACUGGUAUACAAUUUUGAGAACACUUUCCAUAUUUCAGACCAGGUAAAGGGUUUGCUGGGUGUAAAGAGAGCAUACAUAUCAAGAUAGAAGUUAGGAGGACAUGCUACACUAUGAUUUAAUAACAUGGAAACAAGCCUACACUUGAGAGUAACCCUCAUCCCUUUCUUUCUCUUGCUUGGCUGGGAGUAGGAGUUUGGACACCUUUAGUUCUGCUUUUUGUUUAUUGCAGUUUGUCAUGUCAUCCAGACCAGCAACUUUGGUUAACAUGGGCUAAGUUUAGUUACAAACAAACUUACUUCAAACUGCAGUUUCUGAAGCAGGCUUGUUUAAACUAACCAUAGUUAGCGUUGACAACAAGUCCAUAACUGAAAGACAUGACAAACUGUUGCUGUUUGCUGGCAUCCGUCUGGUGAAGCAAAAUUGAAACUUCUGCCACACAGGAGCCUAUGAGCUCAAGAAGAUGCUUGGCUUGUUCCUUAAUAAACCAUAAGUGAGCAUAAUGUGUGAAUGCAACCAAUGUGUGCCUUCCUAUUCUCACUUUACUCCCCAAGUCUCCUGUUAAUCAGCCUUCACUUACAUGAAUGCAUAGAGAGAAGAUCAGUAGUAUAUGGCUGACUAAAUGAAGGUGGGGUAAUGGGAAGGGAACCUGAUUUUGCAUUUAAGCCUGAUAUUUCCCAUCCUUGGUUUACAACAAUAGCAAUAGGAGUCCAGAAUUCCAUGGCCUUAGAAACACCAAUCUUUCUGCCAUAUUUCCAUUUACGGUAUUUAUAAAUGGUCUUUUAAAAUGCUUUGCUAGUUGAACUGACACUUCACAGUAUGUGUUGUUGAGUGUGUUGAUCUCCUAGAACAUGAUUAUUCUGCGGCUUCAAUAGAGCUCUACGUAUGUACUGUAGUUGAGUAGCAUAGUCAGUAGAGGCACAGCCCUGAACUCUUCCCAGUUAAUCUAAUAUUUUCUAUAAAUUGAGCCAGAAGCAAGAAGAGACUGUCAUGAAUAAGUAACCACAUCUCUAACAGUUAGAGUCAGGAAGAAACCCUUUCUCCUUAGUUUGAUUAGUAAGAAAAGUACCCAAUUACUCUGACAUUAUGGCUUUUAAACUUUCUACUGUCUUUGAGGUUAUCUGUUGGAAUGUGAAAUAGGAACUUCCUUAGACAUUGAACUUCCAGAUCAAAAUCCUUCAAAAUAGGGCACUCUGGAGCUUUGUGUUAAUGAGAAGCUAUUAGAUUUUAUGGGUCUGUGAUCUUCUUUGUAUGAAGAGACUUUUCUUAAAGACAAGAGAUGCCUGACAAUACUAUUACGGAAGUACAUGUGAUUUCUGUGAGAACAGUGGGCUCCGUUCAUGUCCAUCAGAGUACUGAAUGUCACACAAGAUAUUUAGCUAUGCACAUCUACUCCAUUUUAAUUUCAUUUCAUAGAUGUAUACAUCUCCAAAUUGCCUUUGAAAUGAACAUAAUUCUUAAAACCUUCUUAAUUCCCUGACUAGGUCCUCUGUGGUUAUGCGUAUUACAGUUUCUAGUUAGUCUAUUAAAUUCAUUUUUCUUUAUUGUAUUUACUUGACUAUAUCAAUAGCGUACUAGCAUAUAAAAAAGCAAUGUCAAUAUAUGUAACAGAGGAUGAGUUUUGAAAGCAACAGGAGUUUCCAUGCCCUCCCUCCAGUUUCUGUUUACCUCAGUGCACUUGGUGUAGAAGUUCGGUUUUAGAAGAAGCUCCUAAAAGUAUUGAACAUGUUUGAACAAAAUGUUUAUUAUUGGAAACACUAAGGGGGCUAUACUUCCUAGUCAUUAUAGCACUUGUGUACAGGGCAUGGCACCUAUGGCUCAAUGGAGGCCUUUUCCUACUUUCACCUCUUGAAAUGCAUGCAGAGGUGAGAACACAGGCUUCAUACCAGGGUAUUGCAGGGAACAUGAGGUAUUUGAACACCUACCAUCCAGCCAUUCUUAAUUACUUAGGCAUGGGGAGCUGGGGAUAGGGAGCAGGAAGAGAGGGAAGACAGAGAAAUAAGAUUCUGCCCACACCAGAAAGGAUGCCCUAAGAUAACAUAGAAAUAUCAAAAUGUAAUUGAGAUUUUCUACAAAAGAAAAAUGCAACAUAAACAAAGGGCAGGUAGUAAAAAUUAAAUUAGUCAUCUUCAAUAACCUUAGUCGGUCUACUCUUGAGUAGGACUAAUGUUUCAGACAACCUCAUUUCUACAAAAUAUUGAAAAAUCAUCAUUUUUUGCAGCCACACUCCAAUCCUUCAAAACUAUCAAGUUACAGUUUCCCCAGUGAAGUCAGUGGGAUCACUUUUUCAUAUUGUGAAUACAAAUAAAUUGCAUCUAGGACUUUAAGUGACUAUAUUUUGCACUCUCUCGUUAUCUUGCAGUUGAAUCCAAACUAAAUUUUAUAUGACAGCUACUGAAGUUAUGAAUGCUCCCUUCGUGUUACUUUUCACAGGCUUAAAUUACUGUAAAAAUGUUUUCAUGGCACUCCCAUUUGAUGCAUAUAUUCAAGAGCAAAUGUUUAACAGCCAAAUGCUUAAGC